GACACGACAAUCCAUGGCCGUACAGAUGAUCAUCACGAGACAAGUGUUGACGACGACGAGACGUUGGCCGCGCCGGGAAACAAUACUACUACCAAACUGAAAGAUCGGAAGGUUUCCUGGGCGAAACUGCGUCGUGUUGACUCCCUGAAUUUGGAAGCUGGAAGAAUUUCUUUCACUCCCAGCCAUCACCAUGCUUCCUCUAGGGAUAACUGGCAGAUAACGUUGCAUUUAGCGUUUCAGUGCAUCGGAGUGAUAUACGGCGACAUCGGGACUUCCCCGUUGUACGUGUACGCUAGCACGUUCACAAAGAUAGACAACAAAAACGACAUCCUCGGAGUUCUGUCCCUCAUCAUCUACACCAUCAUCCUCGUACCUAUGCUCAAGUACGUCUUCAUCGUCUUGUGGGCAAAUGACAACGGCGACGGUGGAACAUUUGCGCUGUAUUCGCUGAUGUGUCGGCAUACGAAGGUGAGCUUGAGGCCGAACCAGGAGCCGGAGGAUAGAGAGCUGUCAAACUACCGGCUGGAGACGCCAUCGAAUCAGCUGAGACGGGCGCAGAAGAUAAAGCAGAAGCUGGAAUCGAGCAUGGCUGCCAAAACUGUGUUGUUCAUAGUCACCAUCCUCGCAACUUCCAUGGUUAUCGGCGAUGGAGUUCUCACUCCUUGCAUCUCAGUUCUUUCUGCAGUGAGUGGGAUCAAAGGCCUUGGUCAAGAAACUGUGAUGUGGAUUUCAAUUGCGAUACUGGUGCUGCUCUUCAGCGUGCAGCGAUUCGGAACCGACAAAGUGGGAUAUGCGUUUGCGCCAGCAGUUUGUCUGUGGUUUGCCUUCAUAAGUGGGAUAGGUGUGUACAACCUAAUCAAGCACGACAUCACGGUCCUGCGUGCCUUCAAUCCCAAGUACAUAGUUGACUACUUCCGCAGAAAUGGUAAAGAAGGGUGGGUUUCACUUGGCGGAAUUGUUCUGUGCAUCACUGGGACCGAAGCCAUGUUUGCUGAUUUAGGCCACUUUAAUGUUCGAGCUGUUCAGAUUAGUUUCUCGGGAGUUGUUUGUCCUGCACUACUGACGGCAUAUUGUGGCCAAGCUGCAUACCUCAGCAAGUACCCUGACCACGUCGCCAAUACAUUUUAUGACUCAAUCCCUGAUCCGUUGUAUUGGCCGAUGUUUGUUGUCGCUGUCGCGGCUGCCAUUAUAGCCAGUCAAGCUCUGAUAUCUGGAGCGUUUGCCAUCAUUUCUCAAUCUUUAAGUUUAGGAUGUUUCCCCAGGGUAAAGGUGGUUCACACUUCUGCUAAGUAUGAAGGUCAAGUCUACAUCCCAGAGGUGAAUUGGAUCCUCAUGAUCUUAUGUGUCAUAGUCACUUAUGGCUUCAAAACUACGACACAGAUUGGCCAUGCUUAUGGGAUUGCUGUGAUGAAUGUGAUGGUGAUCACCACCUGCAUGGUGACUCUAAUAAUGCUUGUGAUAUGGAAGACAAACAUCUGGCUGGUGGCAUUGUUCUUCGUGGUGUUCAUCGCCAUUGAAGGCAUAUAUCUAUCAGCGGUUUUGUACAAAUUCACGGAGGGCGGGUACCUGCCGCUGUUGUUCGCCUUGGUUCUAAUGAUCGUGAUGGGGAUAUGGCACUACGUGUACAAAGAACGAUACGCCUUCGAGCUUAACAACAAGGUUUCAAGCGAGUACGUGAGGGAUUUAGCCAAGAAUCCCGACGUGAAAAGAGUGCCCGGGAUCAUGCUUCUUUACUCCGAGCUUGUCCAAGGAAUUCCGCCCAUUUUCCCCCAUUUUGUGUCCAAUAUCCGGUCGCUCCAUUCCGUGGUGGUUUUGGUUUCAAUAAAGAAUCUCCCCAUUAGUAAAGUGGUGCCGGCUGAACGAUUUCUGUUUAGACAAGUUGAACCUAGGGAGUACCGUGUUUUCCGCUGUGUGGUCCGUUACGGCUACAAUGACAAAAUUAGUGAGCCUAAGGAGUUCGAGGGGCAGUUGGUGGAUCACCUCACGGAAUUCAUCCGACAUGAACAUUUCAUCGUAGGUGGCCCGUCCCAUCCCGAACAACCUUUGCCAAACAGGAAAUCAACCUCAUCCUCCACCGUACACGUCGAGGAAACUUUGGAAAACGUGUCAGCGCGGCUAUCCUCGGCCUCAAUUCAGUCAAUGAACGUGAUCAGGUCGGCCCAUUCUUCCACCCGGACCAACGUGGCGGCCGCGGGUUGGGAAGAAGAAGUGAAGUUUGUGCAGCGUGCGAAGGAGCAGGGCGGCGUGUUUUACUUGCUAGGAGAAGCGGCGGUGGAGGCGAAACAUGACUCGUGGUUUUUCAAGAAGUUUGUGGUUAACUACGUUUACAGUUUCCUGCGCAAGAAUUUCAGGCAAGGGGAGAAAGUUUUUGCGAUUCCUCAGAAUCGGCUUUUGAGAGUCGGCAUGACUUACGAAAUAUGAUGUUGCUAGCUCAUUUCUUUACUAAUAAAACCUACUAAUGUAAGACGCUAGCUUGCUUGUCUUACAAAAAUACUUUAUGCUUGCUUGUGGAUUUUUUUUUUUUUUUUAAAUGUU